UCUCCUUUUUUCUUUCGCCAUUAACAUCUGAAAAUCUCAGAAGUUUUAAAAGUAGGUUAGAUAAUAAUAAUGGUGGGACUAAGUAUUAUAUUGGAGUCGACUAACAACAACAACACUCUCACCGACGGCUACAGUACUCCUAAACCGCAUCAAGUCGUUAACAAAUCCGCCGUCAUGGUCACCACCGCCGUCUCCUCCGAUCUCCGCCGUGAGAAUUGUUGUCUGAGUUAUGGGUUUCUGGAACAUUGUUUUCUCUGCAGAAAGAAACUUCUUCCAGCGAAAGAUAUCUACAUGUAUAAAGGCGAUAGAGCGUUCUGUAGCGUGGAGUGUAGAUCGAAGCAGAUGAUCAUGGACGAAGAAGAAGAAGAAGAAAACUUGAGAAGAGAGAACUGUUCGUUUACGGCUGUUGAAACGACGACGUCUUCAGGCGGUCAUCACCCUCACCGUCGGGAUCCGAGAAACCGAGCAGGCGGUUUCACUUUCUGAAACAUAGAGAGAGAGAGCAUUGCAAACUUGUGAUUUGACGUUUUCACCCUUAAGCUAAUUUUUGUCGUUUUUUUAAUGAGAUGUAAAACCUAAAGGGUGUUUUGGGUAUUCAGUUUGCGUAUCUAUGGGAGACCCUAGUUUUAUUGUUUAGUAGGUUCCGAACAGUAUUUUAAUUUAAGUUCUUUUCUUUUU